GGCAAGGGAGCCGGGCAGAGUGCAGCAGCCGGGGCAGGAGAUGGAGAAGUUUCGCACCGUGUUGGAUUUCUGCCUCAGUCACCAGAAGGUGCUCGGUUACAGCGCCGUGUCCCUGCUGACCGCGGGCAGCGAGCGUCUCUUCUCAGCCGUGGCAUUCCAAUGCCCCUGCAACUCCUGGAACAUGCUCUACGGCUCUGUCUUCCUGCUGGUGCCUGCCCUGAUCCUCUUCCUUCUUGGCUACCUGCUGAACGUCAGGGCCUGGCGGCUGUUCACUGGCUGCUGCGCCUCAGGCAAGUGGAGCUGCUGGCGCUUCUUUAGGGUGCUGUGGCUGGUGACGGUGAGUGCUGCUGUGGCCCCACUCACCUGGAUCGCAGUGGCCCUGCUUGGGGCCAACUUCUAUGAGUGCGCAGCAAGUGGGAGCAGCCUGUUGCAGAGGCACCUGUGCCAAGGCAGAGGGACUCAGUGCCAUGAGCAGGUGGCCAGAAUACCCUGUGGUGAGACUCUCCCCCAAGAGGCACAGACAUCUGUGAACAUUCGGGCUCAGUCCCAGGUGCUAGGAUGGAUAGUGAUAGCAAGCAUCAUGGCUUUAGUACUGGCUGUCACAUGCAUCAACCGCUGUCGUUCUCCAGUCAGUUUUCUUCAGCUGAGGUUCUGGAAAAUCUACUUGGAAAAGGAACGGGAGGUUUUUGAGAGGAAGGCCAAGGAGCAUGCAACCAAGCUGGCAGAAAGGAACCUGAAGUGCUUCUUUGAGUCCACUGUGCCAGAACCAUUUCAGACUCCCAGCAACAAAGACUGGCAGCAGAUCUCGUCCUUGUAUGCCUUCAAUACUAAAGGACAGUAUUACAGCAUGAUACACAAAUAUAUUAGUGCAAACAGAGGCACCAGCAUCAGAUCUACUGAAGAAGAUGUGUUUUCUCCUGCUUUAGGAUUUGUGGAUGGCACUGAUUUUAAUGAAACGGGGACAUUAUAA